AUGGAUAUAUUCAACAUUUUGAUAAGUCAUUAUAUGACGUUUCUGCUCUUUUUCCUGAUUAAUAUUUUAAUGACCAUUUGUGGCAGAAAAUCACGAAGACCUCCAGUAAAACCAUCAAUUCAAGAACCACAACAGCCAGCAUCAGAUCCGAAUUAUGACGAAACUCAAGAAAAUAUUCAAACUGUUGACGUGCAAGAGGAUCCACUUGCUAAUGUACGUCUUCUGACGCCAACACUUCCAGGCGGAUGCACUGAUGAGAAUGCAGCAAAAGAGGCAGCAACACGACACAAAACGAAUCAAUACUUUCCGAAAUUACAACUUCAAAGUCGUCGAAUUGUGAAUACGACAAGUAAAGAGGAAUUGAAAAGUAUGGUUGAUGCAUUGCCACCUCAUCCACCACAAAGAUAUCGAACGGAAAUAAGAGAGCCAGCGGUGGAUAAGAGGAAAGAGAAAUGGAAGAAUGCUCAUGUCCAUUGGAGUGAUACCGGUCUUGUUUUCGUUAUCCGAAGUCAUGAUCCAUGUCGUUCAAAGGACGAUGUUGGUGGUGACACAAUUGAUAGUCCCAGUAAAGAAGAUCAGGAGAGCACAAAAAUCAAUUCUGAGAUGCCAAUGUCUGAUAAAAAAGAAAAAAGCAAGCAGAAGACACCUCGGAAAAGCAAGGAAAAGACGCCGGCUCCACUUCCACAAUCAUCGAAAAGAGGGUCACAAAAAGAGAGAAAACUGGCACCAACUCAAGAGGAAACAGUGAAAAGUGAUAAUAGAACACCAAAUCAGGCGACUCCAAGAACACCAGGAAUUCCAUCAACACCAUCUUCUGGAGGCAUCACAACUGGUCCAGAAUCACUGAAAUCUGAGAAUCUUUGA